CAGUAUAGCGAAGCUCAGUGCUGCAUAUGCUGCAACAGUUUGAGUCUGUUUGUAACAGUGUUGUCCUCUCCCUCCCACUUUACUCCACCCCUGAAAUGAGUUGGGGACAGUUAGAAAACUACUAGAGCAUUACUACUGCUGCUAUGCUCAAGUCUUGUCAGGAUCUGUAUUGCCGGAGAGGAGGGAAGGCAAGGUGUUGUGAAUGUAAUUCUGUUCUUUCUCACUGGUACUAUGAAAGAGAUGGACAGUUCUUCUGUAAGAAAGAUUACAGGUCACGGUUUGGGGAGCAAUGCUACGGCUGCUCGGAGUCUAUUACCACCGGCCUCAUCAUGGUGGCUGGGAAGCACACAUACCAUCCAGAGUGCUUUCUCUGUAAAAGCUGUGGCAUGUUUAUUGGAGAUGGUGAUUCUUUCAUUUUGGUGGAUUUGACCAAUUUAUACUGUGGACACUGUGGACAUGAGGUGGUGUCGAUGAAGCACUCAGAAGCAAAAUGUUCAAGGCUUCCUCAUACAGUGACAUCGAUGUCAUUUCCUCCUUCUGCAGAAAGCAGGCGAGGUUUAUCCUUCACAGUGGAACAGAAGGAUGCAGGCCCUUUGAUCAUCGUAUCUCAACUGGAUAUGAACAACCUGAGCCCCGAAGUUAAACCUUUGAUCCAUGUUGGAGAUAGGAUUCUUGAGAUCAAUGGAAUUUCUGUCCAGAACAUUCCACUCAGUGAGAUAGAUCUGGUGAUUCACGAUACAGAGCACUGGUUACAAAUCACAACUGAACAUGAUCCUAAAGAACUCGCACAACAAGAAGACUUGUCUGGCCUACUGGGAGAAGAACAGGAACACCCUGGAAAACUAGGUUUCUUUCCCCUUCCCAGCAACAGACGAAUAUACCCUCGAUCCAAAAAUAUUCUGCGCAGCUGCAGUAUUGAUAAAGCUGCAUGCUCGCAACGACACGCCGCACUUCUUUCCAGCAGAAGAGACAUCAAUCGAUCAGAGUCUCUGCGUUUUGACCCCAAUGACAAAACACAACGUAUCUUCCGACCCUCAGACCUAAUAUAUGGGGAAGUUUUGGGAAAAGGUUUUUUUGGACAAGCCAUAAAGGUGACACAUUCGGAAACAGGCGAGGUCAUGGUGAUUAAGGAACUUCUUCAAUUCGAUGAAGAGACCCAGAAGACAUUCCUGAAAGAGGUCAAAGUAAUGAGAUGCCUAGAACAUCCUAAUGUCUUAAAGUUCAUCGGCAUUCUCUACAAAGACAAACGGCUGAACCUGAUCUCUGAGUAUGUGCAAGGAGGAACGCUGACGGACACCAUCCAGAAAAUGGACAUGGAUUACCCUUGGAAACUUAGAGUGAGCUAUGCCAAGGACAUUGCUGCCGGAAUGGCUUACCUACAUUCAAUGAAUAUCAUUCAUCGGGAUCUAAACUCGCACAACUGCUUUGUCCGAGAGAACAAAACAGUGGUAGUUGCUGACUUUGGUUUGGCCCAGCUGGUAAAGGAAGAAAAAAGCUCCUCUCCUGGACAAAUAUCGAAAUUGAACAAGCUUGGUCGUAAGAAACGGUAUAUGGUGGUGGGCAACCCUUACUGGAUGGCACCAGAAAUGCUAAAUGGAAAAGUCUACGAUGAACGUGUUGACAUUUUCUCUUUCGGGAUUGUUCUUUGUGAGAUUGUUGGAAGAGUAUAUGCCGAUCCAGAUUACCUUCCUCGCACGCAGGAGUUUGGACUGAAUGUGAAUGCAUUCUUGGAGCGCUAUAUGUCUAAAGGUUGCCCUGAGGCUUUCUUUCCCAUCGCGGUUCUGUGUUGUGCCUUGGAGGCUGAGAAACGUCCCAGUUUUGCUAAAUUAGAGGAGUGGCUCGAGAACUUGCUGAUGCACAUGGAGAUAAAACUUCAUCUGAUGUCAGAACUGGAUCAAAUCCGCCAAGUGUUUUGGGAGAACCACAGCCAGUCAAAACAAGCUUAUGGGAUUCCCUCGAACCAGACGGAGGACUCAGCCUUAUAGCAGAAGCUGAGAGGCGGUUGCAUCCCUUCACGAAGGGCCUAUCCAGAAGUCUGUUAGCGAAGUGAACAUGCAGUGGUCACUUCCGUUUGUGAUCAUGUUAUCUUUGUUUGGAGAUCUUGCGAUGCAUUUUAAAGCAAAGUUGGGGUUGAUUUUGACUUCACAUAGGCUAAUUAAAAUUUUCUUUAUUUUAAUGCAAUACUAAAUAUUUUUCAUCAGUGAUAGAAAUGUGAUUUAAGAUGAUGGUGCAAGCAAGUUUAAGCAAGAAUAAUUUGGAAAAAGUCUAAUGGUAAAUAAGACAAAAUUAAACAAUAUUUGAUUAAAUAAUAUGAAGAAAUAUUAUUUGCAACAACUGAUGAAUUGCUCAAUGUUGCAUGCACACGCAACACUGUCAGGGUAACAUUUGGCCAGUCAUUUCCUUCACCAAGAGAGUUUCACAGGCUUAUACAAGACAGUUUUGCCCUACACUCUUUAAACAAGAGCAUAGGGAUGCACACUUCUGUUUGGAAUUUGGCCUAGUUCUUAAAACUCAAUCUUAACACAGAGGUUAUGCAAUUGAUCAUUAAAUUCUCAAUUACAAUUACAGUGACCCAUUUAACAAAAUGUCUGAAUGUAGCUAUAUGCCUAAAUACUUUUCUGAGCCAGUUUUGCAGUGACCUUUACUUUUUGUCUUACUUUUUUACGAAAAUGUCAAAUUUCAAAGACAUUUUGCACUUUUUGUACAAGUGUCCAAAUACAUUUUGGGGUCACUGUAUAUUUUACAAGGUUGUGAAGUCUGCUGCAAUCAUUUUGUACUACUUGUACUGAUGUUCUCAGACACAAAGGUGCUAUUGUUCUUGAGAACAGUAUUAUAAAUGUAAGCUAAAUACAAAUGUAUAUUUAGAAUAAUAUUUUUAAGCAGAUCUGAUGUUUAAAUUGCUUGUUGCUUGUCUCUAUAAGUACCAUUGUAGUCAUACUUAUUAUUAUUAUACAUUUAUGUUUGCCUAAUUGUAUUACAUGUGUCAGAUACUGUGAAAUUUAGAAAAAAGCUUCAUCUGACGAAACGAAUAAAUGUCAUGUUUUCAUUUGAGCCGUGAUGCAGUUUAACGGUUAAGUUCAGUCACCGAAACAGAUCCGUCUUAACAAGUAGCAAAUUUUUCUAUAAGAUUCACUAUUAUUUUACACAUUUAAAGCUGUCUGUUGGAUAUUUUACAGUUUAUAAACUCUUGUGUGUGUUUUUUUUCUUUUCAACUGUAAUUGUAACAAUAAAUAAGCUGUUUGUCGAGA